GCCAUGGCCCCAGCCACCCGUCCACUGCUCCGUGCCUCUCUGCUAUUGCUGCUACUGCUACUGGCCACCAGGCACCAGGUCACAGGGGCACCCGUCGCCAAUGAGCUGCGCUGUCAGUGCCUGCAGACCGUGGCGGGAGUUCACCUAAAGAACAUCCAGAGCUUGAAGGUGACGCCCCCAGGACCCCACUGCACCCAGACCGAAGUUAUAGCCACUCUCAAGGAUGGUCGCGAAGUUUGCCUUAACCCCGAAGCCCCCAUGGUUCAGAAGAUCGUCCAGAAGAUGCUCAAGACGGGCAUCCGCAAUUGACAGAGAAAGGAGGAAGAUUGCCCUGGUGGCGCCAGUGAACACCGGCUUCUGACAGCACUGGCUUAACACAUUCU